AUGAUCAUUGAUGGUUACUCGGUGCUUUUCCUUUUUACUGUUGGUGUAUUGAUUACCAUCAUUUUGGCGAUAUUUGUUCAACGGCAGAUAUUCCGAAUGCGUGAUAACAGUUUACGUCGGGAAGCUAAUAUUGUCGUUGGAGCGGGUUUAUCAAAGCGCAAAAAGGAAGAACUUGACCGAGGCAUUGAAAUUGUUCGACAGUUUCAACUUCUGCGUGCUCCAAAAUUUACCGAAAUAGGAACUAUUGCUGAACAUGCCAAUGCGCCUUAUAUCAAUCGAAUGAUUGCCAUGGACGAACUGCGAGAAAUUGAGCGACAGUUAGAGUUCAUAAAUGGUGACCUUGUUCGCAUAGCAGGUGAGUCGAUGUAUGCUUAUUUGUCUCGAAUUCGUCAGAUAGCACUACCUUCGCUAUCGGAGCAUCUAUGUGAACGAAUCGGUUUAUUGGCAGAACACUGCAGAUAUCGACAUCAGCCCUUCGGUGAAUCAGAAUUAACCGAAACUCGUGCACUGAUCAAAGAAAUUGUGAAAAUAUUAAAUAAUGAACAGGAACGCCUCUCUGCGUUUCAUGCCAAAGAAUCAACCAGCUCAACAUUACAAGAAAUUACCAAGAGGUUAACAACAGGAGAAAAAGGGACGCACAAAAGAAGCACAACUGUGAAUGCGAUACGAAAUGCUUUUUUGUCAUCUGAUAAGAAUGAGACGACAUUAGCAAGAGCAGAAGAUGAUCAGAGGAAACCAUUGAUAGCUGAUGAUAAGAAGACAGUUAGUGACACACCUGCACUUCAUAUUUUGAGUUCUCGUAUAACUACUGCCGACACUCAAAACACAAAACCCGUGGAGCGCACUCCACUUAUUGCAUAA